GAAGGAGUACUUGUUCAAGAGCUGCUGAGUUGAGCAUUUUUGCCUUUGUAGUCUCCUUGCCAUUUUCACAGGGACAUUCCUAGCUGCCUCUGGUGUUCCCUCCUGCUCUCACUUUCUUGUGAAGUUUUUCAAGAUGAACAAAUGUUUUCUUCUGGGCUUUUCUGUUCUACUCUUCUUCACAGCUGCUCAAGGUCUUUUGUGCAAAGUAUGCAAAUUUAAAGUCGGCAAACUCUGCUUCAGUUCCGAUGAUCCUUGCAGAGCUAAGGAAGGCCAGUACUGUGAGACAACCAAAGUUUACACAGGCAACGUAAUGCUAUUCACAAAACAUGGCUGCAGCAAAUACUCAGAGCUUUGCAACAAGACCGAACAGAGGGACAACGUCUUUGACAUGAGCUAUAACCGCACUUGCUGCGACUUUGACCUAUGCAAUGGGGGAAUGGCCAGCAAUCCCAGCCUCCCACUCUUAGCUGGCCUUACCAUGGCUUUGGGCUGGUGGAUGGCACAUUAAUGCUGGCAAUGAUGCCCUUUCCAUCAGAAAAGGGAACCCAGAAACCUUUUUUUGUUGGGCAACCAAUGGCCUACAGGCUGUAUAUGGGCUGUGGACCCCCGUUUUUAAUUUACUGACUCAGCCGCCCAUCUGGCUGCUGGCACAGGUUGUAUCACAGAAAGUGCCAUCACAACCGUUAAAAAUUGUGGUUUUACCUUGCCUUACUUUUGUCCUUUUCCUUAAUUCAGUUUAACCCUGUGAGAUCCUUUUUAACAGGUCUUACAGGGCUCUAUGUACAGUAGAACACUAUGGCGUCCUUAAUUGAAGUAAUCCAAUUAAAUUCAUUCCCAGUUUUCCAUGACUAUCUGGCUAGCACUUGGCAGACCACUAUGCAGAGUUUAAUAGUUCGUGUUUGCCCUGGCUAUGACUCAUUUAUGUCUCCUAUAGAUAACACAGGCUUGUGAUUUUAUUGUUUUGUUGUUAUUUAUGCUGGCUGUCAUCAACAAACAAACCGUGUUUUGAAAACCCAGACAGAAACUUCUAAAGCUCUUCUGCUGCAGUCUCCUCUUUUCUAUUAAUGAUGAAAAUAAAACCAAUAGGAAAAAAGAUGCAUAUACAGUUGUCCUUCUGUAUCCACAGAUUCAACCAUUCACAGCAUGAAGACAGAG